AUGCUUGAUGCCCCAAUCCCUAUUCUUGUAGGGACUUCUCUGCCUGUCAAUUAUAAAGGGAAUUUAAUUUGGGUUCUAUUGGAUGAAAAAAAUUGUUCUGAAAAAAUAAAAGGGACAAAUUCUUUGCUGCAAGAAGUUAAGAUCCCUGUUCUAAACGAACUAAGACAAAAGGUGAGCAUACUUUAUCAAUUUUUCAAGGGGGACGAAAUAUGUUUUAAUCCUUCAGAUGCACAAAUUUCUGCCUGCAUGAAAAUUGCGAAAGUGAUAAGAGAAUUUUGACAAAAAAUUAUUGAUGCUGCAAGGACAUAUAAAAAUAAAAACAUCAAUAGUUCUUUAAUGCACUUUUUAAGGCAGUUUUCGGAGGGUGAUCAUGAAUUUCUUAUGUCAAUGAUGGAAACUCAACUAUUUAGUAACAUAUAUCAAGACUUUCCAAUGGAAGAAAACUUGCUAAAUGUCCCAAAGGGAAAGUUGUAA